GACCCAGACAGACGUGGGACAGGAUAGGGGGGGGGUACAAAUGGCGGGAUUCGCUCUUAAUAUUGUUUAGGCAGAAGUGAAACUGAAAGCACAACGAGCCGUCAGCGUCAUGCUGCACUGAGAAGAAAUAGCGCUUUAUUGUUCGAGCGGAAAAAAGCUCAGAGAGGAAGUCUGAGUCUGUCUCCUCGAGACCGAUUGCAGAAAUGAGCCUUCAGGUUUGCCACUGCUGUGGUUGGACCAAAGUGACCACCCAUCACGGCCUGAGGGUCCACCAGGGCAGAAUGGGCUGCACACCGACGGGUACGAGGAUCGCAGAGCCUCAGCAGCAGUACACGUGGAGCCACGGAGGACAGACCAACAUUAAAUUGAGUUACAAGCUGGAAGUCCGGAGCGCUGUCAAAAUCGAAAGUUCAAAUUAUUAUUCAGACAUGAGCCUCCACACGUGUCACUGCGGCUGGAAGAAAAUGACGAAUUAUCACGGCUUGAGGAAACACCAAGGAAUGAUGGGCUGCACGCCAAAGGGGCUGAGGAUCCCCAAGGAAGAGCAGAGUGCCUGGAGGGACCACUGGAAACCACAACCAGAUAACAAAACACUUCCGGUCGCAAAGAAAGUUCAUAGGAAGGAGGAGAAUUCCCCAGAAAUACCAAGGAUGAGAAACUUCAGUAACCCCACAUCAGCAGCAGAGGUCAAAAAAGAGAACAAGUCAGCCUCUUCUCAAAAAGCAACAAGGUCAAAGUCACGCCAUCAGCUGGAGGAACGCUUCACACCUUUAAAGAUUUCUGAGGAGCGCUGGAGCGCCGUCAGCUGCAAUGACCACGUAACGGCAGCAUCUAGAAUCAAGGCGGAGCCCGUGAAACCUCUGGAAGCCUGUAUUCCAAGAUACCCAGAUGACCGCAGUACAGCCUCGGCAGAGAGGAACGAGUCCUCGCUUUAUUUGCUGAUGAACCAUUGGCUCGGCGAAAUUCCAGCCGUCCAACCAGAGGACCGACACAGAUCUUUUAGCGAACAUCCAAGCGCGCCAACUGACGUCCCGCGCGGAAAGACGGAUUCACAGUUACUGACAUCGGGACAAGGAACGCCAAGAUCUCAGCUGCUGAAAGAAAUACAAAACUGCUUAAAGAAAUAUAAAAAGAGGAGAGAUGAAAAAAUGAUGAACUCUGCUCGUGAGACUGUGGAUGAAUCAUCAAGGAUCUCAACCAACUCAGUAAUAAAAGCUGAAUCUUUGGAGAAGAACCAAUCAUGUCUUGCAGCCCAACAACACCCACUGAAGAAACCCACUGAAACAAAAACAGCAGCUGCUGAGCAGAGAAAUGAAUCUGUCAACAAAUGUUCAACAAGUCAACCUCCGGUUCCAGCUAAGAGGAAGAGCUUACUCUCGUUCACUGGGACACCGGAGAAAGCUGAAGGAUCUUCAGCCAGCGCCAAUGGAGACAUGAAGAAAGAUAACAAGAAAGAAGAACCGGUGCAGGUGAGCCGAGCAGCGCCCCCUGUGGUGCCACCAAAAAGGAACUUGCGUUCAUUCCGAGUGAGGCAGCUGAGUGGGCGAGACAUUACUAAUCACUUGGAAAGAGCCAACAGGGAACUGAAGGUGAAAGAGCUGGUGCGGAUGUUUUCCGUCUCAGCAGCCCAGGAGAACACAGUAGGAACGGAGGAGAAACCCGGAUCAGAACACCCACGAGUAGUGAAGCUUCUCGCUCAAAGACAUUCUGCCAUGCCAGCCCAGGAAUCUAGAAUCCAACCGAAGGUGGAAGAGAGGCAGGAGAAGCGAGCAACAGACAUAAAACCUGACCUAACUCCAACAGCGGCAGAAGUGCCACAGAAGGAGGCUCCGUCGUCGUUGUGUGAAGCAGCAAAGCCUGACGUUCCCACCAGCAUGAAGGUGAAGGAACUGGCUCAGAUGUUUUCGACGCAGGAAACGGCGGCCGGGCCGAAGGAGGAACGUGGCCUAGGACACAGAUCAUUACAGGUAAAACUGAUGGCUCAAAGAUUUUUACAACCCACAUCCACGGAUGCAAUAGGUCAGCUAAAGAAGGAGGAUCAUGACAGAGUACAACGAGCACAACAGAAGUUACCAGACUCAACAUGUAACCCGUCCAAAAUGAAAACUGCAUCACAAAAGCCCACCAGGCAUCAGGAACACAAACCCUCAGCAGAUGAAGCGUCUCAGGUCGCAGGUUUGUCCAGUAGGUCAAAGGUGAAGGACCUGGCUCGGAUGUUUUCAACUAGGACCAUGUAGGGAGAAGUUGUCCAACUAAAAGAGAGAAAUGAAAAUAAAAGUCAUUGCUGUAAAAAGUUUUGAAGUAGAGAAGUAAGGAUUUCCAAGAGUAUCUCUCCAUGUAUGCAUCCAAUAUCAACUAUUUUUAAAAUGUACACACUUUUGGUACAACAGCCUCACAGUUUUGGACAGAAUGGAAAUCUUUGGGAAAGGAUGAACUGUUAUAGUAGCUUGAGCAUUUAAUAGGCAAUCAGGUUCUAUUCAAGUAAAAAUGGAAAAUAAUUUGACUGCUGCAGGUAAUAAGGGACAUGGACAGAAGAAUCCAAUCAUUAUUAAAAAGACUCGUCAAGAAAAUGACAUCAAAGCAUUCUGGUCAUGUUUCUGUACAGAUGUUAGCUCAAUGCUAACAACCUGUGGUUGAUUUUGCGUUGUUUUUCAACAGUUAAAAACCUUUUAAAAAGGUAAAAACAACAACACACACGUACCGUUUGCUCUUGUUUCGUAAUUGAGUGAAUGAAAAGAGAGGAAAAUAAAACUGAAUUUGCAAGAGAAUAGAGCAGCAGUGAAAUCCAGCUAAUAGCCUGUCAUGUAGCAUGGCGGCUACUACAACGUCACCUAAAGCUAGUGCGGCUUCAUCACCCGUUUCUGGUUGAUUCAUAUCAGACUUGACAAAUAUGACAGCACUCAAACCAAACAAACAAACAAAAAAAAA